CGUGGUUAUACUUUUUUUUCAUGUACAUACAAAGCACGAAGUACAAACGCACUUUUAAAUCUUCAUCUCCUGCACUGCACUGCACUUGACCCAUGAUAAUAAAAAUAAUAUUAUCAAUUCAGUCACACUCAUAUUCAUCCAUCUCUCUCUCUCUCUCUCUCUCUCUCUCUCAAAUUCUGCUUCGAAAAAGAAUCUAGGGUUUGAAACUCUCUCAUUCUUCACCAUCUUCACUUUGAGGAAACUCCAAAAGCAACAUUGGUAAUGAUAUGACAUUUAUCCAUACAAAGCAAGGGGAAAACUAAUCUUCCAGUGGUAUGGCAACUGAGAGUCCAAUUAGAAUCUCAGAAGCUGGGGGGAAAUGGCCAUCUCUUAAGGAAGCUGCAACUUUUGGUUUACCAUCUCGUAACAUGGCAACAGAGGACUUGGGUAUACUUUUGAAGGCCCAUAGGUUUCAUGGCAUUGGAAGGGAUGUCAUACCCAAUCGAAGCGGCAGUGCACCUCCAAGCAUGGAAGGCUCAUUUAUGGCCAUAGAAAACCUAAUUUUCCAGAACACCACCCAAAAUGCGAGCUUGGCAACUCUUAACAGAGCUAUGCAAAAAUAUGAUAUCGUUAAAGGUUCUUCACAUUUGUCACGAGGGACUCUUGCAACACACAAGGAGGAGUCUGAGGAUGAUUUGCCCCAACAGCUGUAUGAUAAUGAGUUAGAUAAGACUAGUGGAAUAUGGCACAGGCAAAGUGCAGCUUCAAUGGCAUCUCAGCACAAAAAAUUAGUAGUGGAUGAUCUUCCCCAUACCAUGUCAAGUGUAUAUAAUAAGUCUCUUGGAGUGGUGGAUGAAAUAAUUAACCUAGAUGCUGGUUCCAGUUCUUCUCAUGGUCCUCUUGUCACCACAGUUGAUGCUCCUAAACCUUCUGUCGUUGCAGAUGACAUAAGGCUGUCAUCAACUGUGGAUUCCCCUGCCCCUGUCACAAGCUCAUCAUCUCUUGAAUCCACUGGAAGCAUGGGCUUUAGUGACUUAGAUGUUACAAUUGAGUCUCAAUUAAGGGCUCUUAGUGCAUCUAAUCUUCCAAAUUCAGAAAGCCAGAGUUAUGAAGAUAAAUGGAAGAACAGCUGCCAGAAUAAUUUGAUGCAAUGCCUGCAACAAAACAAUCCACGUGAAGUUUCUAGCGCCAAUUCUCAAAGUGAAAAUUGUACAUUUGUUGGUACGGAACAGUUUCUUCACAAUCCCAGCAACUACUCUUAUGAUUUCCAGCCAGUACUGCAUUCAUCGGGGUUUAGUCCUCCACUAUAUGCUACAGCAGCAGCUUAUAUGUCCUCAACAAAUCCAUUUUACCCCAAUAUGCAGGCCUCAGGCAUAUAUUCUCCGCAAUAUGUAGGUGGAUACCCUUUUAAUCCUGCAGCUAUUCCUCCAUAUAUUGGUGCAUACCCUCCUCAUGGUGCUUUACCACUUGUUGAUGGGGCUACUGGUUCCAGUUUUACUCUGCAAGCUCCAGGGGUUUCUACUGAGGGAAGCAUUUCUCAUGAAGCUGAAAUGGUACACGCAAACAAGUUCCUUGGACAAGUUGGAUAUCCUCUGCAGCCUUCUUUUGGUGAUCCUAUUUACGUGCAAUAUCAUCAGCAACCUUUUGUGGAGGGAUAUGGUGUUUCUGGUCAUAUGCUGGCACCAAGAGCAAGUGUUGGUUGCCAAAUCGGCCCUUUUGAUUCCCAGAAAAGGCCCAAUAGUGGUGCUUAUUUGGAUGACAAAAAAUUAUAUCAUCAGAGAAGUGGUGCUAAUUUGAACUCUAGAAGAGGUGGGCUAAGUAUUCCUAGUUAUUUUGGACACCCACCAAAUAUGAGUUUUGGAGCGCACUAUUUAAGUUCCCCACUUUCUAGUCCAGUUUUGCCAGGAUACCCACAAGGCAGUCCUGGCCUUCCAGGAGGAAGGAAUGAAAUGAAAUUUUCUCCAGCUUCUGGUAGAAAUGGAGGUAUAUUUUCUGGAUGGCAAGGUCAAAAAGCCUUUGACAGCACUCAUGACCCCAAAGUUGUUAAUUUUCUUGAAGAAUUAAAAUCUGGCAAAGGUUGCAGAUUUGAGUUAUCUGAUAUUAUUGGGCAUAUUAUUGAAUUUAGCGCUGAUCAGCAUGGAAGCCGAUUUAUACAGCAGAAGUUGGAAAGUUGCGGUGUUGAAGAGAAGACAUUGGUGUUCAAAGAGGUUCUUCCACAUGCUUCUAAAUUAAUGACUGAUGUGUUUGGCAACUACGUAAUCCAGAAGUUUUUUGAGCAUGGAAGCCCUGAGCAGAGGAAGGAACUUGCAAAUCGACUUGUUGGUCAGAUACUGCCUUUGUGUCUGCAGAUGUAUGGCUGUCGUGUAAUCCAAAAAGCACUUGAGGUUAUUGAUCUUGUACAGAAAGCUCAGCUUGUUCAUGAGCUAGAUGGAAAUGUUAUUAGAUGUGUUCGUGACCAAAAUGGGAAUCAUGUAAUACAGAAGUGCAUUGAAUCUAUUCCAAUCGAAAAAAUUGGCUUUAUAAUAUCUGCAUUUCGUGGUCAAGUUGCCAUUCUAUCUAUUCAUCCUUAUGGUUGCCGAGUCAUACAGAGAGUUCUGGAGAAUUGCUCAGAUGAGGUUCAAUGUCAGUUUAUUGUGGAUGAAAUCUUGGAGUCAGCUUGUGCUCUUGCUCAGGACCAGUAUGGUAAUUAUGUUACUCAGCAUGUGUUGGAGAGAGGGAAGCCUCAAGAAAGGAGCCAAAUUAUUAGCAAGUUGGCAGGACAUAUUGUACAAUUGAGUCAGCAUAAGUUUGCAUCAAAUGUUGUUGAGAAAUGUUUGAAGCAUGGUGAUGCCACUGAACGGCAGUUGUUAAUUGCAGAGAUUAUUGGGCAUGGCGAACAAAAUGAUAAUUUGUUGACAAUGAUGAAAGACCAAUUUGCAAAUUAUGUGGUCCAGAAGGUUAUUGAAAUCUGUUCUGAAAAUCAGCGAGCAAUGUUACUUUCUCGCGUUAAAGUUCAUGCUCAUGCUUUGAAGAAAUACACUUACGGAAAACACAUCGUGGCUCGGUUUGAACAGCUACAUGGAGAAAAUGAAACACUUGGAUCAUGAUGGCAAUACAGAGGGUCUCGCAUAAUGUUUCUGUUCUGUGGCAUGCAAACACCACAGCUAACACGUAUUCUGUAUCACAGGAGAUAGAUGAGACGUUGAUCUCUGACCUGCUAUUGAAUAAACCUUUCCUACUACUCCUGUGGCUCCAUAUUGACCUUCAUAGUUACGACAUUCAUGGCUUCAAGAAACAUUGGUGCAUGCACAUAUGUUCAAAACUUAAACUCAAUGUAAUUAUGUCAUUUAAGUAAUUGGUUUGAAUUAUUGAGUGUAAUUAUUUGGAAGGGAAACCUUCCUGAUGUAAAUUUACUGGAUUUUCUCUGCUUAGUGCUUACUGUGGUUUUCUUUGAGAUAAGGGCUGAGGGCAGUC